AUGGCUCGCAGCAAAAAAAUUCCUGAACUCACCACCACCCCUACCGAUACAAACAACGCCCAAACUCUCAGCCCAACCUCCAGUCGCACACGAUCACCACCGUCACCAGAAUCAGAACGACCUAUGGGACCUUUAUCUGCCGCUCUACCCUCUUCAACCAGAGACGUUGUGAAAGUCAACAAUGGGAGUGCUACAGAGCUCAAGAAUGCUUGUGAUGAUGCUGUAAAACGUUACCUAUCACGACCGGAGCUCUUCAGACAAGAUCAUCGUCAUACAGACGUCCGCCUGGCGCUUGGUUGGUUGAGUGUAUUCGUGGCCGCGGGUACGGCUCUCUAUGGAUAUAAGAUUGACUUCGAAAAGUCAAAGCCUGUCGUUACCUUGGGACUUAUCCUAUAUAUCAUCUUGACAGUUGGGCAAACACUCUACGCAUACUUCUUUGAAGGCAAUACCAUUUUUGUAGGGAAAAGAAAAUCUUUGUCAAAGCGUAUUAUAAGUGAACGCAUUCAACUCGCGUCAUCAACAAUACCACCAGCAAAAUCAUCAUCAUCACUAUCUCCUUCGAACUCUCCUUCUUAUCAACUCGCCAUUACGUAUGUCCGCUCCACGAACAAGGGCAAAUCCCUCCUCGCCAAAGGGCGAACAAAAGGCGCACAAUCAUAUAGCUCAUUUUUUGAUGACCAAGGAAACAUGGAUCAAGAGGGAUUUGAGCGAUGGGUGGGAGAACUUGUUGAACAGGCCAUGGAUGGGAAGUCGGCAUGA